AUGAAGCCAUCCGUCAGUAAUCCUUGCCUCCAACCUUUCCGUCGUUCACUGCCAAGUGCAUCCAUCGUCCGCCGCCAUCAACGGUUCGCCGCCAUCGACCGUCGACAAAGGAGCUUAUUCUCAGCAUCAAUAUCCACGGGCUCCAGGUUCAUUAAGUGCGUCACUGUCGGCGAUGGCACUGUUGGCAAGACUUGCAUGCUUAUUUCCUAUACUAGCAACACCUUUCCCACGGAUUAUGUGCCAACUGUUUUCGAUAACUUCAGUGCAAAUGUGGUUGUGGAUGGGAGCACGGUCAAUUUAGGGCUAUGGGAUACUGCUGGUGAGGAAGACUAUAAUAGAUUAAGACCUUUGAGCUAUCGAGGGGCAGAUGUCUUUAUUCUUGCAUUCUCUUUAAUCAGCAAAGCUAGCUAUGAAAAUGUUGCAAAAAAGUGGAUUCCAGAACUUAGGCAUUAUGCACCUGGGGUUCCAGUAAUUCUUGUUGGAACAAAACUUGGUAAUAACUUAGCUGUCAUUCCAUCUUCUUUAUGGUAUUGAUAUAUUUGAAUUGUUUGUAGUUAGCCUUGUAUCAUUUCAGAUAUUAUCAUAGGAUUUCUGAGCCAAAAGGAACAUGGGCUUGAACCUGAAGCGCUAAAAAAUUAUUUGCAUGAUCAAACAUGGGAUUAAUGGCCCUAAACCUAACAGAAGAGAUAAAAAGGGUUCACAUA